CGGGGGCUCCAGCUGUUGUUGUGGCGGCGGCUGGCCGGGCCCGCGGGGAGCCAGCGAGGCCGGAGCGCGAGCCAGGCCCGGGGUCCGCGCGCCGCCCAUGGAGGCCGCAGCUGGAGCCGGCCCGGCCGAGGCCGCGGGGCCCGAGGCGCUGAGCUGCUUCGCCUACAACCAGGACUGCACCUCCCUGGCAAUCGGAACCAAAACUGGAUACAGGCUUUUCUCCCUAAGUUCUGUGGAACAGUUGGACCAAGUCCAUGCAAACAAUGAAAUCCCGGAUAUUUACAUCGUGGAGCGCCUCUUCUCCAGCAGCCUGGUGGUCGUGGUGAGUCACACCAAGCCUCGGCAAAUGAACGUCUAUCACUUCAAAAAAGGGACGGAGAUCUGCAACUAUAGCUAUUCCAGCAACAUCCUGUCCAUCCGGCUGAAUCGGCAGAGGCUGAUUGUUUGCCUGGAGGAGUCAAUUUAUAUUCAUAACAUUAAGGACAUGAAGCUUUUGAAGACAAUCCUGGAUACCCCUCCGAAUACAACAGGUUUAUGUGCACUCUCUAUCAACCAUUCCAACUCCUACUUGGCGUACCCUGGCAGCUCGACUAUUGGGGAGAUUGUGCUUUACGAUGGAAAUAAUUUGAGAACAGUCUGCACAAUUCCUGCCCACGAUGGGCCCCUCGCUGCAAUAACCUUCAACUCCACGGGAUCGAAGUUAGCCAGCGCUUCAGAAAAAGGCACUGUCAUUCGUGUAUUUUCUGUACCCGAUGGGCAAAAACUCUACGAAUUCAGAAGAGGAAUGAAGAGGUACGUGAACAUCAGCUCUCUCGUGUUCAGUAUGGACUCGCAGUUCCUGUGUGCUUCGAGUAACACCGAGACCGUGCACAUCUUUAAACUGGAACAUACCACAGACAGCCGGCCAGAAGAGCCUCCCACCUGGAGUGGUUACAUGGGAAAGAUGUUUAUGGCUGCUACCAACUACCUCCCUGCUCAGGUGUCGGACAUGAUGAACCAGGACCGAGCCUUUGCCACUGUGCGCUUGAACUUCUCUGGACAAAGGAACAUCUGCACGCUCUCCACGAUUCAGAAGCUGCCACGACUGUUAGUUACAACAUCAGACGGACACCUUUACAUCUACAACCUAGACCCUCAAGAUGGAGGAGAGUGCGUCUUAAUUAAGAAACACAGCCUGCUCGGCUCGGAAAAGACAGACGAGAACAAAGAAAAUGACCUCCGGCCUCCAUUACCUCAGUCUUACGCAGCAACCGUAGCCCGACAAAGUACGAUGCCUUCAUCUUCAUCCAUGCCAGGUUACUCAGAAGAUGGGGGCGCCCUGCGAGGAGAGGUUAUCCCAGAGCACGAAUUUGCAACUGGACCAGUGCGUCUUGAUGACGAGAAUGAAUUCCCUCCUGUGAGCAUUAGGAGUCCUUAAAACGGCAGUACAGCCCUCAUGCUAAGAAAUAAUCUUGUGCCGUGGAGGUCACCCGGGCAAAGUGAAGAGGUCAUGAUGAGACGCCAACCUCAGGAUUCGGGACAGGCACUGGGAGGUGGUUUGGAAAAACCCAGCAGUGUGGAAGAAUGGAUUUGUGGGUGCCUACAACAGGGCGAAUAACCAGAGGUGCUGCAUUGCUUUUACAAGAGUAUAUUCAAGUGGUUACCUCACCCCUCUGGCCCUGUGUUUGACAUGGUAUACGGGAGUGGUAUAACUCUACUGCAUGCACAGUGCUAUAUUUAACAAAGGAGACAUUAACACCCCAUUGUAAAUGCUAACCUGACCAGAUUUGUAUGUAACCUGAAUUUUAUAUACAUGGGUUUCCCUUUUCUAAUUUAUGCUGUUUUAUGUGUAUAAAUUCUAUUAAACUAUGUCUUUGUACAGUAUAUACAUAAUGUUUUAUCCAUGCAGAGUAUUUUUGCAGUGAUAUUAGGGGGAAAUCUCCCAAUUUAUUAUGUUUGAGCUCUACCAGAAGACUAGUAAUAAAGUCGUCAUAUGUCAGUG